GCGGUGGCCGCGGCGGGAGGAGGCGCAGGAGGGCUCGGCUCUGCUGUCGCCGGAGGGGCUGCGCGCCGCUCCGCGCCGGCGGUGGGGCUGUGCGGAGCCCCGCGCUGGGGAGGUUGUGGGCGGCACCGCCACAGGUGACUCGCGGGCCGGGGGUCGCGUUCCGCCCCGCUGCCGCUCGGCCGCCUCUGCGCGUUCGCACCCCUGCGCCGCGGCCGACUUCGUGAAGCUCCUCUUCAGCCGCCUCGCCGUGCCGGCGCGACCGGCAGCACCGGGGGACAUGGCUUUGCUCCGGCUCCUUCUCUUCUUGCUCCUCGCCCAGCGCGGGCUGGGGGCUGCCGGCAACCAAGGGCAGGCAGUGCGCGGCCGGGAGCGGGCGCUCGGAGGGAAGCAGCCUAUUUACAACCACAUCAAGAGCCGGGAGCCUCUGCCGGCUCCGCGGAGCCGCUCUACAGAGAGCACCAUCUUGGCGCAGCGGCUCGCCGAGGAGGUGCCCCAGGACGUGGCCUCGUUCCUCUACACGGGCGACUCCCGGGAGUUGCGGAGAGCCAACUGCUCCGGGCGGUACGAGCUGGCCAGCCUCGCCGGCAAGUCGCGCUUCACCUCGCACCCCUCCCUGCACGGCGCCCUGGGCACCCUUACCCACGCCACCAACUUACUCAACAUGAUCCUCCAGAGCAAUAAGUCGCGGGAGCAGAACUUGCAGGAGGACCUGGAGUGGUACCGCGCCUUGAUCAGGAGCCUGCUGGAGGAGGACCCCAACAUCUCCAGGGCCGCUAUCACUUUCAGCACGGAGCCUUUCUCCUCCACUCCCCAGGUUUUCCUCCAGGCCAGCAGGCACGAGAGCCAGGUCCUCCUGCAGGACUUGUCAUCCACGGCUCACCGCCUGGCCAACGCCUCUGUGGAAACAGAGUGGUUCCACAGCUUGAAGCGCAAGUGGAGGCCGCAUCUGCACAGGAAGGUCUUAAACACGGGCCCCAAAACUUUGGAAAACAGUUGGAAGAGGCGGGAGAGCUUCACUGCUGAUAAGAACCACAUCCGGUGGUCCUCACCAUACCUGGAGUGUGAGAAUGGGAAUUACAAACCCGGCUGGCUAGUGACUCUCUCGGCGGCUUUUUAUGGGCUGCGGCCAAACCUCCUUCCCGAGUUCAGAGGUGUUGUCAAAGUCGACAUCAAUCUGCAGAAGGUGGACAUUGACCAGUGUUCGAGCGAGGGAUGGUUCUCAGGGACACACAGGUGUCAUCUCAACAAUUCUGAGUGCAUGCCAAUUAAAGGCCUUGGAUUUGUGCUUGGAGCCUACAAAUGUAUUUGCAAGGCUGGAUUCUAUCAUCCCAACAUCUUCUCAGUGAACAGCUUUCAGAGAAAGGAUGCAGAAAAUCGCUUUUCUGGUGGUGAAUUGUCAGAGGAAGUCUACACCUGCCUACCCUGCAGAGAAGGAUGCUCUUUCUGCACAGAUGAUACUCCCUGCUAUGCACAGGAGGACAAGUACUUACGGCUGGCUAUCAUCUCCUUCCAGACGCUCUGCAUGCUGCUGGAUUUCAUCAGCAUGCUGGUGGUCUACCAUUUCCGCAAGGCCAAGAGUAUCAGGGCUUCAGGGCUGGUGCUGCUGGAAACCAUUCUUUUUGGAUCACUUCUUCUGUACUUCCCUGUUGUCAUUUUGUAUUUUGAGCCAAGUAUAUUUCGCUGUGUUCUCCUAAGAUGGGUUCGUCUUCUGGGCUUUGCUACUGUUUAUGGAACUGUGACACUCAAGCUGCACAGGGUGUUGAAGGUAUUCCUGUCCCGAACGGCUCAGCGUAUUCCAUACAUGACAGGUGGGAGAGUGAUGAGGAUGCUGUCUGUUAUUCUCCUGGUAGUCUUUUGGUUUCUCAUUGGCUGGACUUCUGCAAUAACCCAAAAUUUGGAGAGAAACAUUCCACUCAUUGGUCAAGGGCAAACAUCUGACCAUCUGAUCUUCAAUAUGUGCCUCAUAGACCGCUGGGAUUACAUGAUGGCUGUUGCUGAAUUUUUAUUCCUCUUGUGGGGUGUUUAUCUCUGCUAUGCAGUGCGGACAGUCCCAUCAGCAUUUCAUGAGCCACGUUAUAUGGCUGUUGCCGUUCACAAUGAGCUCAUUAUCUCUGCUAUAUUCCAUACAAUUAGAUUCAUUCUUUCUUCAAGACUUCAGUCUGACUGGAUGCUGAUGCUGUUCUUUGCACACACACAUUUGACUGUGACAGUCACUGUUGGGCUACUUCUGAUCCCUAAGUUUUCACAUUCAAGCAAUAACCCAAGAGAUGAUAUAGCUACAGAAGCUUAUGAAGAUGAGCUUGAUAUGGGUCGGUCUGGAUCCUAUCUGAACAGCAGUAUCAACUCAGCAUGGAGUGAACACAGUUUGGAUCCUGAAGAUAUUCGGGAUGAGUUGAAGAAACUAUAUGCUCAGCUCGAAAUCUAUAAAAGGAAAAAGAUGAUUGCUAAUAACCCACAUCUCCAGAAAAAAAGGUGCUCUAAAAAGGGCUUGGGGCGCUCGAUAAUGCGGCGUAUUACAGAAAUCCCUGAGACAGUCACCAGGCAGUGCUCCAGGGAUGAGAAGGACCUGAUGGAGCACAGUGCUGUGAAGAACUUGGCUACACUGAAGAAAAACCCACCGGAUUCCACAAGUUCUGCGAAGCCAAAAGAAGAUACUUUGAAAAACAGAGUCUUUUCCUUAAAGAAGUCCCACAGCACUUACGAUCAUGUCAGGGAUCAAACAGAAGAACCAAAUGGCUUAACUACAGAAAGUGCAGAAGUUAUAGCUUCUGAGAAAACACUUCUGGACUCCUUGAAUGGUAACAAAUUAACCAAAAAUGGUCCUGAAAAGGUUGAAGCUGUCUCUACUGAAUCAGUCCCUUUGGUAUGCAAAUCAGCAAGUGCACAUAAUUUAAGUGCCGAUAAGAAGCCUCUGCAUCCAAGAACAUCUGUGUUACAAAAAUCCCUCAGUGUUAUUGCUAGUGCCAAGGAAAAGACUCUGGGACUAACAGGUAAGACACAAAGUCUAGAAGAAAGCACUAAAUCUCAUAAAUCUCAGCAGAAGGGUAAGGAGGCCACCAAAAAGCACUCAGCCUCUGAUAAAGGGGAACAUAAGGAUUCCCACCGGAAAAACUCUACCCAGUCUGAGGAAACAAAGAAAACACAUAAAUCUGGAAUUAUUAAACAGCAAAAGGUUAGUCAAACACCUGCAAAUCCAGACACAGGCCCAGGUAAGUCUCUGCACAAGGACAAUUUCAACAUAGGAGAAGUUUGUCCUUGGGAGAUAUAUGACCAAGUUCCUGGUCCUGUGCCUUUUGACUCUAAAGCUCAAAAACAUGUGUCUAUUGCUUCCUCAGAGCCAGAGAAAAACCACCCUUCCCAGCCUAAGGGGAAGACUCAUCAUAAGCUGAAGACACCUGAGGGGUACCAACAGUCAAAUCAAAAGAGCUCAGAGAAGGUGGAAGCAGCCUCUCAGGAGACACAAGAGCAGCCAAUCUUUGAAAAUGAGAAAAAUCAGUCAAGUUCCAAGUCCCAAGUGUCUCCUGGGCUGAAGUGCGAGAAUGUUAAUAGGUAUACACCUAAUACCCAUCCUGGAGAGUGGGAGGAGCUGCCCCAGAAAACAGCAGAAAAGGAAAACCUCAAUAAAUUGGCUGAACAGAAAAAAAUUACCUCUUCUGAGGGAAACGUGCUUUCAUCUAACUCCCAUAAGCCAAGUAGUUACGUACAGCAACCUUUAGCAUCUCGAGCUGAAGUCUGCCCUUGGGAGUAUGAUACAGCAGAUUUACCAAAAGCAGAAAGAAGUGUAGCUUUAUUGAACAUCUCUGCUAUAAGUGCAAAUAAAACAGCAGCACCUCGAAAAUAAGAGGCUUUUGGACUGAGGAGAGUAGCAACAUUGAGAAGACAGACAACAAGAAA